AGACAAAUACUUUCCCUUCCAAACACACCUCCUAAGCCCUCUCCUCUUUCCCCCCUUCUCUCCCAAACAGCACGUGCACGUGCACGUGCUCUCUCCUCUUUCUCCUCCCCUCUGUUGCAAUCACUAGGAACAAAAAAACAUCUCCUUUCUUUCUCCGCCAGCCCCCCCUCCUUCCCUCUUCUCUCUCCCCCAUUCACAGGAGAGAAAAGAGAACAAAAAAAGAAAAACACUUGCGAAGCUUUCAUCUUCCUCUAUGACGUAGCUAGCAAGAAAAAAAAAAGGAAGAGAAACUCAACGGAAUAAAAAAAAGACCCGAAGAAAUAUUUUUUUUUUUUCAAAUGCACGCGAAAAAUAGGAUUCCUAGUAGCGGCCACAGCACCCCAUCACCUCCGGCGUCACCAUUACGGUCACCGAGGUACCGCCACGGAAGGAAGUCGGGUAGGUUUGGCCCGUUCCAACCUGGGCGGACCAUAGCCCAUCGACUUGCUUGGUUACUUCUCUCGGUUCUUCUUCGUCGACAAGGGAUUUUCCUCUUUGCUCCUCUCAUUUACAUCUCUGGGAUGCUUCUUUACAUGGGCACCGUUUCGUUUGAUGUGGUUCCCAUUGUUAAGCAUCGACCCGCACCCGGCUCUGUUUACCGGAGUCCCCAGGUUUAUGAAAAGCUUAAAAUCGAUAUGAGUGGCGAUAAUUCCUCCGCUGAUGCGAUUUCGACUAUUUGGAGAAAUUCCUAUAAAGGAGGAGAGUGGAGACCGUGUGUAAACAAGUCUUUUGAAGACUUACCUGAAUCGAAUGGUUACAUAUAUGUUGAGGCAAAUGGAGGCUUAAAUCAGCAGAGGACAUCGAUAUGCAAUGCAGUUGCUGUGGCAGGCUAUCUUAAUGCGACACUUCUAAUCCCUAAUUUCCAUUAUCAUAGCAUAUGGCGGGAUCCCAGCAAAUUCAAAGACAUCUAUGAUGAAGAUUAUUUCAUCAAUGCCUUGAAGAAUGAUGUACGGGUUGUUAAUAAGAUUCCUGAGUACAUGAUGGAACGAUUUGGCCAUAAUCUGACCAAUGUUUACAACUUCAGAAUUAAAGCUUGGUCAUCCAUUCAGUAUUAUAGGGAUGUAGUUCUACCCAAGCUCCUCGAAGAAAAGAUUAUAAGGAUUUCUCCUUUUGCAAACCGCUUAUCAUUUGAUGCUCCUCCAGCUGUACAAAGACUCAGAUGCCUGGCAAAUUAUGAAGCUUUACGGUUUUCAAGUCCAAUACUAAGUCUUGGAGAAACUUUGGUUACAAGAAUGAAAGAGCUCAGUGCAAACAGUGGUGGCAAGUAUGUUUCUGUACAUCUUCGCUUUGAGGAGGAUAUGGUUGCUUUCUCUUGUUGUGUAUUUGAUGGUGGGCAGCAAGAAAAAGAAGACAUGAAAAAAGCGAGGGAAAGAGGCUGGAAAGGAAAAUUUACAAAGCCUGGCCGAGUUAUACGCCCUGGAGCAAUCAGGAUCAAUGGGAAAUGCCCACUCACUCCUUUAGAGGUUGGAUUGAUGCUUAGAGGAAUGGGAUUUGAUAACGAUACAUAUAUCUUUUUGGCAUCUGGAAAAAUAUACAAUGCUGAGAAAACAAUGGCUCCGUUAUUGGAAAUGUUUCCAAACUUGCAAACAAAAGAGAUGCUGGCAUCAGAGGAAGAACUUGCUCCAUAUAAGAACUUUUCUUCCAGGAUGGCUGCCAUAGACUAUACUGUUUGCCUUCAUAGUCAGGUAUUUGUCACAACUCAAGGUGGAAAUUUUCCUCAUUUUCUGAUGGGCCACAGGAGAUACUUGUAUGGAGGACACUCCAAGACAAUUCGACCAGACAAGCGAAAGUUAGCAUUGCUGUUUGAUAAUCCCAAUAUCGGAUGGAAAAGUUUCAAGCGUCAAAUGCUGAAUAUGCGGUCUCAUAGUGACUCAAAGGGAUUUGAACUGAAAAGGCCAAAUGAUUCAAUAUAUACCUUCCCAUGCCCUGAUUGCAUGUGUCGUACAAACAAAUCAGAAGAUUCAAGAUCAUCAUCAGCUACUUGAUCUGCUUGGAGAGGGAUUUUGAUGGGUGUUUCUUGUUCGUGUAAUGUAGGGAGCAAAUCUUGCUGCUGACCCCUGUUUUAUUUGUGCGUCUAAUUCUUUGAUUUAUUUAUCCUCUUCAAUUUUGGGAGUGUUGAGGAUUUUUUCAGAGGUCACAUUGAUCUAUCGAUCUAAUUAUUUCACCGGGAUUGAGUUGAUGGGGAGCUGCAUCUCUUUGUAUAUGAUGCCAGAGAACACGGAAUUUGACAAUUUUGCUAUUGGAGGGAUUACCCCAACAUUAACUGGAGAUUGUUUCACCAUUGCUGCAGCUGCUGCUGUACCUAACAAGCUGUGGAUAUAACACCUCAGAUUCUUUUGCACCCUGGUUUUAUGAUUUUUGUAUAUUAGUUGCAGUUUGAAUUGUAAGGCAGGAAGGAAGUUGGUGUACAUUUCGCAGAAAUCAGGGUAUUGAUUUUUACUGUACAAUUUUGGUUCACGCUCUUUACUUUUUCCAAUUUCAGGAAUUUCUUUGUUA